AUAAAAAUUAGGCGGAUGUUUUGAAACAAGUUUGGACCUGGGGGAUGAUGAGAAAAAAUUAAUGUUUUGCAUGCCACAGCGAAAACAAAGAUGGCUGUGCAAACAAGACAAGACAUAAAUUUUCAGGGAAUUUUCAAAAAAUUAGGCCAUAACUUGGAGGAAAUUAGAGUAAGAAGUCUUGAAAAUCUUCUCUCAAAGUUGGAGCAUAAUUUAGUAUGUGACUCAGACCUGGUCAAUGAGCGCCAUCUCAUGAUUAGACUCAUUGAGUGGUUUAAUUUUCCGAAUCCCUCAAAGCAAGGAGAUGUGCUUCAUCUUCUUUUGAGAUUAUCAAAGCAUUCUUCUGCUGCUCAAAUUCUCCAAGACAUUGGAGCAAUUGAAUUUCUGAGCCAGUUACGAUCAGAUGUUCCAAAGUCUUUGCAACCCAUAGUUGAUCAAAUCCUUGAAAACACUAUGAGAUUGCCAGAGGUGGCAGAUGAAACCCUUAGUCCUACCUGUACUUAUCAGAGGAGGGGGUUCAGCACAGUUUCAGAAGCAGGAGGAGCACUUACUGCUAGUGAUGGGGCCUCUGAAGUGGCUCCAUCGCUUACAUCUGUCUCAACGCUACCACCUCAGGAAUUUAUGGAUCCCCCACACAUAAUCACAGGGAGGGAGAAUUCUGAUGGCUACUUCAAAGACAAAGUUUAUCUACUGCAAGAACAACAAAGGGAGAACAAUGAUGGUGUGUCUAAUACUUUCCUUGCAACCACCUUCCCUUGGUUAGCUUUGACUUCCACAGACAGACAUGUUAUUCAGUCAACAAACUCUUCCUUACAAAGUAGAGAGUCCCAUCUUUUGGCUAGUUCCUGUGAAUUUCUAAGUGAUGUGGUAUUUCAAGAUUUUCCUGCAGAGAUAUUUUUACAAAGACCUAAUAUUGUUCGGAAUCUGCUAGGGCUUCUGGGAGCAGUUCCAGAUGUUAACACCCACUUGACUAUCCAUGCAGCCAAAACCCUUGGUGACCUGACCUCUGCUUUGAGGUCAAGGUUAAGAUAUUAUCAAGACCCAUCGUUGUUCACGUCAAAGCAAGAUUUUAGUUCGUCUUCCUCUUCACCUUUCUCCAACUCCCCGAGCAUACUGUCUAACCAGUCAGGGAGGACCGACAGUCACAGUCCACUGGCAGGGUGGGGAGACACUCGCCCCCGAGGAGAUGGGCGGGAAGUUGACUCCUCUUCCUCAGUCAGUUCUGCCAAUUCCCGCAACUCCAGUGUCAGUAUUGGACCUGAUGUGACAAAUCCAGAGGAGACGGACAUUGACGACAUGAGAUCCUUACAGAGCAUGCAGAUUACCCUCCCCCAGUACUGCUCCCUGGUCCUGGAGAAGGCAGUCCCCCUCCUCAAGACAGGAGCUGAGGGCGUGGUCACACAGCUCAUGUAUCUCCUCAACCAGGUGCUGGAAAUCCUCACCAGCAUUGUUACCAUGGAGAUCUGGCAAGAUGGGUCGUCAAGAGCAAGAGAAAUUGCUGAGAGAUUAUCAGCAACAUUUGAGGCUUUAGGUGAUGUGAUAAACUAUCAUCACCAUGGGGAGGUAAGCCGCGGGAAUCCAGAGAAGGACAAGGGCGACGUUAUACAACACAGAUUGGCGUUCAUAGGAGUCACAGGAUUCACCUCCAGACUGCUGAAGCAAUUAGUUCCAGUACAGCAGGGGAGAAAACUCUUGCCAGCAACUCUGGUUAAGUCUAUGGAGUUGGUGAUCUUUGAUGAAGCGCUGGCUUACAGUUACCCAGACAUCCAGAUCACAGUCCUGGCCUACAUACAGAAUCUGAGUCCAGACAAGUACACCCUGUUUGUGGACACGGCCAAGAUAUCCCAGUCUGUCCAGAAAUCAUGUCAGUUCCUGAUGCUUUGUCAGGAGGAGGCCUACAAAGGAAGCAGUGAGUUGAUUGACAUGGCAGAAGCUUCAAUCCAGAGCCUGCCUUACCACCUCCAUCUUCCACUGGUGUCAGAAUUUGUCAAACUCUCAUCCUCCAUUUGUGCCAGAACUUCCCAAGACAAGGCCCUUCAGAACAAGUGUGUGGAGGUCCUGCUGAGGUUUCUGUCUCAUCCACUGCCUGAGGUUAAAGAGCAGACCUACAGCACCAUCAAACAAGUUGUCAAGGGCUCCCUCAAUGUGAACGAGGCAGCAGACCCCAGCUCUAGAGCCUGCUAUCUGUCCCGCUUUCUGUUCAGUUCCGACAUUAUGUAUGAAAUCAUUGUGUUUGGGUUGAAUGACUCUAAUCCCAAGGUGAGCCAGACAGCCUCUGAUGUCAUCUGCCACAUCCUGGACGGUCAGCUGUUGAUGACAGAGGAUCUAUGGAAGGAGGUCCUCAAUGCUUUGAUGAGGUCACUUCCUGUUUUAGAGACAUAUGUUGAUAUGGGGACAAAGCUUGGAUCCACCCUCCUGUCACUGACUGAUCCUACAGAGGUCCAGGCCGAGGGAGGACUAGUGUACUUAGAGAAGCUGAGGGGCUGUCUCAGAAUGAUGUUUUCUACAGAUGUCAGAGCAAGAGCUGAGGCCUUGAAGCGGUUGGCUUGGUUUCUGUCCAAUGAACAAAACAGCAAUGAGAAGUUGCCAAUAUUUGCCUCUUUGGACGUCACAAACUUAACCAGCAUUUUCAUUGUGGACAUGCAGAGGUCUCUAGAUGAAGAUUUAGGAAGAUCUGUAUUUCAGAUUGAUGGAAUGAGAAAGGUAUAUGAAAUCUUUAGCUCCUCAUCCGUGGACCCCUCAGUGAAGAAGUCGGCAGUGGACCAGCUGGCAAUCAUCUUACAGGAUCACAAUCUACACGCCCCGUUCAAAGCGGAAGGAGGGGUGGAAACUGUCCUCAAACACCUGAAGCUGGGUCUGGUCAGAAACGAUGACGCUCAGAGUGAAUACAUACACUACCUCCCUGCCUGUGCAGCUAUCCUGAGACCCCUAGUUCACUUUGAUUACAAACUGAGACACAGACUCGCUCGAGAUCAGGAAGUUUAUCUCGUACUACUUAGAGUUGCUUUCCUGCACCAGAGAGAUGAGAGAACAUGCUAUGAAGUUGCUCAUAUUCUGAUAUUAUUGCUAUUUGAUGAAGUGGCCAAGUUUGAUCUUGGUGGAGGAACAGUUCCUGUUGUUCAUUUCUCCAUACCCAGUGUACUGAGGAAAAGGUGCCGCCUCCCAUUCCGCCCAGCUUGUCACCAUGACAACAGUCCCCACACGGUGGAACUACCCCUAGAUCCUGACCCUGUACAGACAGACAGACCGCUGGAAAUGCUACGAAUCUCUUGGAACGUGGCUUGGCAUGGAGGGAUGGAAAAACUAUUGAAACAUUUGGCUCAGAGCAAAAAUAGCAGUCAAAAAGACAAGAUGACAGAAUUUUCUCCAAGAUUGCAGCUGAGCUUUAUAGAGAGGAAAAUCGUACAGUGUAGUCAUUUAGCAGAGGGGAUAAAGCAGACUCUGUACAGUGUGUCUAACGCCACGUCCCACAAUGCCGUGAGUGCAGCGCUCGGUCAGCUCCUCAGUUAUCUCGUCAACUCUUAUGGUUAUGAAGGGUCAGAGGUCAUGUUCGGUCAAGAGUGGCUGUCCAGCAUUGGCAGGUUUCUGAAGGUACACCCAUCAAUGCCUGAUGAUGAAUCACUCCUUCAGGAGGUCCUUCGAUUCAUCAGUAUGGCCCUGAGGCUGUCAGGUGAGGUGACUGAGGGCACCUUGCAGGCCCUGGGUGAGGUCCUAUAUCAACCAUCGGGACCUCUGAUUGGCCUGUCUCAUAGGACCUCAGUUAGGGGGGAAACCCGAGACGUUCCUGAAAAUGUCAACAUCAAAAGAACCUUGGACAAAGAACUGCUUUCUUUUAUCUCGACCUACAACUGUAAACUUCCCUAUGUCCUCUGUAGAAGACUUAAGUUCCAACAGCUGCGUGGGGACCUCUGUCAUCAGCUGUUACAGCGCCUCAACGUAACUGAUGCUCCUCACUUCUACAACCUGGCCUCAUUGGAGGGAACACUGCAGUGUCUUAUGCAUGUCACUGCCAGACCUGGUUGGAGCUCUGAGAGUACAGAACUUGGGGGAGAGGCACUGUGUAGUCAGCUUCUGGCCUGUCUCCUCGAGGUUGUGUCUGCCUUUCAUAUUGGCCGAGGAGGGACCUCAAUGUCAUACAUGGGAAAAGGUGUCACUAAGGCAGCCACCAUGUGUCUGAGGCAUUUAGCAUAUGAAAUGUCAACUACUGCAGAAAAUAAGAAAUGGGCCGAGCAGUGGAUAUAUGUACAGCAGAGGGCUGACGGACAGAACAGUGCAGAAGUGGAGGAACACCAGGGCUUGGACUGGUUAUUAACUUUGUGGUCCUACCGGGAUCCUGAGGUGAGAGUAGCUGGACUUGGUAUUGGAGUGGCCUUGACCUUAACAGAGAGUGGACGAACAGUGCUGACCUCUCACUGUGUCCACAUUCCGGGCGGAGUCUGGGGAGUGGCUUUUAGUAUUCUUCUCGACCAAUCAGAAUGCAGUAUGGUCAGACAGCAGGCGGCUUUACUGUUGGUAAACAUGACAUCGCAACCGAUGCCCUGCGGCAGUGUCGAGUUAGAGGAGAAUGUGUGGCAGGGACCGGUGGUAGCUGAUACUGAGUCCAAGGUGUCUCUGGUCGGAUUAACUGCCCUCAUGGCCUUGCUACACCACAGCCAUUUCUACCAGGAAAUGCUUGUCGUGUUCACUAACUUCUAUGCUCAGCCGACCAUUCAGCAAAUCUCUGCCACUGAAUUGAUGAUUUCCCCUCAUCUGUCGUCUGCUAGCUCAGAAUCCACUAUGUCUACUUCAGCUGAUUUGACAUCUGUGAGUCAGCAGGGUCAACCAGUGUGGAGUAGAGGUGGUGGAGAUUCAAGAGGAAAAAUAAAGACUGGCAUCAGAAAUGUCCAAACAGGAGUGGUACAGCAGGUAGCGGACAGCUCUGGGAGCACACUGAUGGCAGGAGAGGGAGGAAGUGACAUCAUCAGUGUAGCAACACCCUCCUUGGUGGCUUCCAUAUCACAACUUUUACGCAAUCUGGUGGUUAUAGCACCUGCAGACACAUUCACUUGUUUGAAGCGGGACUCUUUUGUGCAGAUCCUUAUGAACAUGGUGGACACUAACCUACUGGAAGCCUAUAUGCUUGAGAUGGAGGGACACGUGAGCUACGACCAGUACGAGAUUGUCUUUGGUGACCUCCUGGAGAUGUAUGCGUCAGUGAUGUCACUGCUUACGGCCUGCGUCGUGUAUGACACGCCCACCAGACAGGACAUCCUCGCUAACAAGGACUUCAUCAUGUCUGCCCUGGCUCUGAUGACCAUCAGAUUCCAAGGUUCCUGUGAUGUGGAGUCUAAGCUACAGGAACUGUGGGGAACUGUUCUGUUUUUUUUUGUCACAAACCUACAACUUCAAGGGGCAUCAACUCUAGCAGUGGUGACAGAGUGUUUGCCCAAAAUAUGGACCUCUUUCUCAGACAACCUGUGUAACAUCUUGACAAGGAGGCUGGACUACGGCCAUGAUCUGUUCUCUAAGUGUCUACAGUUCCUGUCUGCACUGUUCAGUGAAGAAGGCAAACUUCAGGGGAGACAACUAGAUCUCUCCAACAGCACCAUCACAGAUCUCCUGGACUCCGACUUUGGUAAAGAGGAUAAAGAAGAGACUAGCGCUGGUUGUCACCUGUGUAAGGCCCUGGUGCCGGUGUAUGAGCAGGCGGUGAUACGGACCACUGAUCACAAGAACACGGACAGACUCCAUUCAGCAGCCGCUCUACGGAACCUCCUGGCAGUAAGCCAAAAGGCCAAGGGCACUGCUCUGCAGAUGGGCUUUGUAGAAACCACAAUAGAAAAUAUCAAACAGUUGCAUUCCAAGAUAAAUAUGGAAGCCUUACAGCUGGGUAAGACUGCGGCAAAGAAGAAGGAAGACGCCCUGGUGCCAGAUCUCAUCAUCACCCUGGAUGUGCUCAGGAACCUCCUCUUUAUGAACGAAGAUGCAAAGAUGGCAUGCUACCAUUCUGGACUGCCAACUGUCAUCCACAAGAUAUGGCCGUGGUGUCAAAUGGAACCUCAGUUAAUGCUCUCAACUGUCUCAUUAUUGUCCACUUAUGCAGCCAAAUGUUUGACAGCCACCAGUUCUUUGGCUUACACCUCACCUUCUUCAACAUCCACCACACAAAAUGCUAGAUCUUCGUCCCAGCAGUUGGGGGCUAACUCCUUGGUCCACUGCUUGCUGAAGCUGGCCGGCAGAGACAACAUCAAGGAGCCACUACUGAAAGCUCUGUAUGGACUGUUGGCUACCCUGGCACUGUCCUCAGAGUGCAGAAAUAUCAUGUUUAAAAGUAAUUUCUUUAGAGAGUUUUUGGAGUUGAAUCCCAGAAAGACAAAGAAGAGUAAACAGGUGAAGAAGAUGGAGGUGUACUGGCUGGAGCUGAUGCUUAACCUGUCCUUCUCCACGGAGGGCCAGCAGAUGAUCCUCAAAACAGGAGACUCGGUGGACCUGUUGCUGGACUUUGUGGACUGUGGGAAUGGACCUGGCCUGGAGUACUCUGUACUGAUCAUCAGGAACAUGUGCUGUCACUGCAGCAGUAAACCAAAGCUCCUUGCCAAUGACAAACUACUUCCUCUUCUGCUGUCAUGUCUGGACAAGGAUUUUGGGAAGGUCCAGACAAUUGCUGCAUCAGCACUCCUGGGGCUAGUCUUUAACAACCAAAAGGCCAAAGUUAUGAUGAAGAACGCCAACUUGCUGCCAAAACUGCAAGAAAUCUUGUCCAACCUGAACAAUCUCCAAUCAACACCAGAAAAAUGUGUGCAAGAUUUGACGUCUGUGUUAAUAACGGUGUCAGAAUGAAUAGAUUAUUGAUAAAUAUAUUGUUAUUAGAUCUUAGUGCUGAACAUGGAGGACUUAUAAACAGGGAAAUUUUUUGUAGUUCAGAGCUUAGCUAGUGAACACACUUUCAGAUCUAAAGAUUGACUGUGAUAAAUAUUUUAUUUAUGUGUAGAUAUGUUUGUAUGUAAUAAAAACUAUAUUGACAUGAAUUAAAUAAAUAAUUAUUAAGACAC